AUGUUGACGCAGGAGGAGAUCGAUAAGUGCAGGGAGGCGUUUGAGCGUUUUGACAAGGACGGAAGUGGUACCAUUGAUGCCUGGGAAUUGAAAGAAACGCUUAAAGCCAUGGGUCAAAACCCCACGGACGAGGAAGUCUUUCAGAUGCUCAGCCAAGUAGAUGAUGAUGGCAGUGGAAGCAUUGAAUUCCCUGAAUUCCUGAAAGUCAUCGAAGCACAAAAAGAGGCUGCAACUGCUCAGAAUGAUGAAAGUGAUUUGAUAGAUGCCUUUGUAGCCAUGGGUGGGAAUGCUGAUAAAACAGGGCAUGUUGAAGCUGAAAAGCUGAGGCGGACCAUUAAAGCUUUUGAGCUGACAGUCGACAUAGAUAGGCUCAUUGACGAAACAGAUGCAGAUGGAUCUGGAGAGAUUGACUACGAAGAGUUCAAAGCCAUGUUCAACUGAAAAUUAGCAUACUUUCAAGCCACUCACACGUUCUGAAUUUUCAAAUGUGAUUUGUUUUAUUAUAAGAUAAGAUGAAGCAGCG